ACUUUCGAUACGUGAAUCACGGUAUAUCUGGUGUUUCUGUUUCCUUAUAUUUUGCAUCUUCCCUGAUAGUGAGCAAUUUUCCUUUCAUCAUCGGGCAAUCACAAACAUUUUUGUUUAUUUAUUGAUUUUGAGGAAAAAUGUAAGAAGGAGGAGAGACGCGAACAUAAACUCGAGUGUCUUUCUGUCUUUGUAUCUGUUGUGUUUUUUGUUUCUUUUUGUGCAAUUACAUACUUCCAUAUAAAGAGUAACAGCUAACAAUUACAGUACAGAUACGAGGAGAACCGAGUGAUACACCGAGUACGAUAAUGUCGGAAAUAGACUACAUAAUAGCGCCACGAAUACCACGAGGCUUGGCUCCUGCGGUUGAAGGACUUGCACGAGAAAUUUUGCGUCAAAGACCUCGAAACAUUUACGCAUUCGCGGCCCAACAUUUCGCAGAAUUGGUGGAAUUAAGGGAUAAAGAACGUACCGAUGAAAUCGUUCCGAGGAUACUGAAACAUAAAUUGGCUAACGAUCGUGAUGCUGAAAAUCGUAACGAUUAUUUUCGUAGGUGUAAAUACAGUAACUUGAUCGAAGAAGCGAUGGUAAUAAGGGAAGUGAAGGAACUAACGACAUCGAGAAGCGCAACGAAAAAAGCUGUGGCAUCGAAGAGAAGAGGAGAGACGACGAAUAAAAGUGGUUGGUCUAUAAAUAGGACGGUCAAAGGAUUGAAGAAGCACGAAAAUACAAUUGGAAGAGAAGAUUGGAAUAGAGGAUUAAAUAGUAAAGAGACGGAGAAAUCAAGUCCUGGUUACUCGGAUCAUCGUUCACCACGAUUUUCGAGUCAAGUUACUUGUCAUCGAUUCGUUCGAUCUUCGUCCGCCGGAAAUAUUUUCGCAAAACGUAUUAAGCGUCGAGAAGUUAAAGAAAAUCACGAACAAUUCUAUACAUUUGUUUUAGACGAUAAAAGUUACAAGAACGAGAAGAAAGUGAUGCGACAAAAAAGUGCCGAUCAAAUCGAAAGAGAUCGCGCGUAUUUCAAGGACACUUGUACGAGCGAAGAUAUAGACAUAGAUAUUGUUUCGACGGAGGCUAGAAUCUGUCGAAAUUUAAAAGAUCAAUGGAAAAUGAUGAUCGAAGACGAGCGAAAAGAGCAGGAAAAAUUGCAAGAGAAAUUUGGUAAUACGAGAGGAGGUGAUACGAAAUUAAAUUCCCGAUUGGGAAAGAAGAACGAGAGAGAAUCGAAAGACAGCGAAGUGGAAGAGAUGUUCAUUAACGUGGGAUCGCGAUCCGAUUCAUCAGACAGCAACAUAAUUUUUGACGAUGCGAUGAAAAAGUUGACCAAUGAUGGACCGAUCUCGGUGGUCCUUCCAUCGGUCGUUACGCGACAACCUCCUGUAAAAUGUACAAGGAACAACGCGUAUGAAUGUAACGGGAAGGAUAGCACAGGUAAUUUGACAUUGCCACCGAUCUCGAGUGAUGGAUCCAAGUCGACGAAGAGGGGAAACAAUUUAAUCGAAUUACCCUCUUUGUUAAACGACGUGGAUGUUCGGUUGAACGAACAAACGAUACGCUGCCAGGAUUACGAGGAUCCAACAAAUUCGAAUUGGAAUCCUAAGGAUCUGGAAUCGGAGACAGAGCUUAAAGCAGCAGGAACUAUCGAAGGUGCGACUUUCGAUUACGAUUCGAAAACGAUUGAAGAGGAACGCGAAGACGAGGAUUUAAAAGGCGACAAUGUGAACGUAGAUACGGUCCCAUGGAAAUAUCCUCGUGGAAGUGAGUCCGAAGGAAAUGGAAUUCUUGUUAUGACGGGGAAUACGAUGGAGGAAGGUAUCGAUAAACAGCAAAUUCUAGGAGAAGUAGAAAUUAUUCAGCAAUGUUUUGAUUCACCACGGGAGGCGGAUAUCGAGGAAACUUUUAAAGACAGCUUAAACGUAACACCUGAUUCGAUCGAUCUUUCUCAUUGUCAGAGGGCAGAUUCGUUGGAACAUUUGGAGAACGGGAAAGAGGAAGAGGAGGAUGAGGACCAGGACGAGGAGAAAAAGGAAGAGGAGGAACGAUAUCGACCGAACGAGCUUGAAAGGAAAUUAAUCGAGAUAGAAACGGUCGAGAGAAGCAUCGAAAAUACGUUGGUCUGUUCUCAGACUAUUCCAAAAGAAAUCGACGAUGGAUUCGUAGUAUCGGAGCGUUCGAACGAAUUUUCGAUUUUGAAAAAUUUCGAAUCGGAGAAACCAGACUGCGUACACGAAAGGCAGGUAUUGAGCGUAGGAGACGAGUGGACGAAGAAAAAUCCAGAUGAAAAUCAGAGUCCAACGAGCAACGAAGAUAACGAAGAUUGCGACGCUAAUAUCGAGAUCGACUCGAUGGAAGAUGAAAUGCCGAUUGGAAAAAGUUUAGACUGCAAUCUUGACUCUGACAACUCGGAAAUUUUCCUUAAUGGAAACAACAAUAGCGAUGAUCGAGAUACGCGUGACCAUUCUACGAAAAAAGGAGGAAUCGAUCUUUUUUGUUACGUUCUUACCGAAGGCUCCCCUAGUGAAAUACCGGAAACAGUAACCACCGUAAUUAUACCUGAUAAUAUCGUUGACGAUGACAAUGAUAACGAUGUUUGUAAAAUCGAGUUCGAAGAGGGUACGAACGACGAGGGUUGCGUCCCUUUCAACGAGCCCAUCUCAUCUUGGAAUAUCGAAAGAAAGCAGAUAAAGCAUGGGAUUGGAGAAGAGUAUUGUCACGGCGAGAAUCCGUUUGGAGAAUAUAUACAUCCAGAAAGUGCUGUUGACUAUACAACGAAUAUCGAUGCUCAUAUUUUACGUGGUAUAAAAAAUGCUGCCAAUCGAGCGCCUGUUUAUCAAGAAGAUCUUGCAAAUAUCAAAGAGGAGGAAGAAAAUGAUAGGGGCAAAUUUUCUAACGUCGACGUCCAGCGUAGCAUCGACGAUAGUAUCGGCGUUUUUUCAAAAAAGUCGGCCGAAUCGAUGGAAAAUAAAAAUAGUAUCGAAUGCGAAGAAAAAUUUACAAGUUCCAGUCAAGAAGAGGAUCAAGAACGAAAUAGUAUGGACGAUAAGGACGAUGCACGAUCGAAAGAUCUGUCUAAAGAAACUCCAAGGAAAAGAAGAGAAGAGGAAAGCGGAACGUUCGAUGAUCGUUCGAGUGAUUUUUCUUUGUCGUUUGAACAACUUGGAGCUGGACCAAAAGUACCUGAGUUAAAUCUGGAUUCGUUACAAGACAUAACGAUAUCGUCGACGAUCGAAAAGGGCAAUUCGAAAAAUCUUAAUAAUCAGUCGGAAGAAGAAAAUGAUAAUGUUACUUCUUGCGAAGGCGAAAACGUUUCUUUAUCUUCCUUCGAUACUUUAGCUUCUGAAGAAAGAGUAGACGUCGGUGAAGCUUCGUCCUCGGAAAACGAUCGAGUAAAAGAUUUUAUCGAGCCGGCGGGUCAACAAACCAAAAUUGAAAGCGAGACCGAAAGGUAUUCAAAGGAAGAGUUUCAAGGUAAUGAAUGUAUUAAUAACACGAGUUGCUCGCUUGUUCGUAACGAAGAUGAAAAACAAUCUCUUCGCGUGGAAGAAGAAAUUGCACGGGAAUUAAUACAGAAUUUCAUUAUCGAUAAUACCGACGUAGCUGAAAAAGAUGCUGAAACGAGCGACGUGAUUCCUUUAGAACUGGACGAUUUAAUGCCCUCGUCAUCUUCUAAACAUCAGACGAGUAACACGAAUCAAACCGAUGACUUUAUCGUUAAAUUUCAUCCAUCUAUACAAGAAUUAGCACCUGAAGCAAUGAUCGAAAAAUCUUCUGGUCGAGAAAAGGUCGACGAUGACAAUAAUCAAGCAGCCAAUGAGAACGAAGAAGACGAAAAAAGAAGCGGAGGAAGUGGAGAAACAGCAAGAGAAGACGACGGAGGAAAAGAAGAUCAAGUAGAAAUGGCAUCUUUGGAAAAUCAAGGAAACAGGAGCAAGCCAAUCGCCGGUUCAUGGCACACUGGGGAAUUUCACGAUUCCUUACCAUUACCUUUCGUUGAAAUUUCAAAAAGUCUUUCCGCCACGAACGUUUACGAUUUAAAACCUGUAAACUGUGAAAAGACGGAUGAUUGCUUUACUUCUCCAACUAAUCUGUAUGCAGAAGAUGGAGAAUGUAAAAAAAUUGGUCGCAACAUACCUCUUUUUGGUUAUAAGUUUACUCCGACCACUGCCCCUCGUGGUAUUGAUAUCUUCGAAAAUUUGAGUUUAUUUAUUAACGAAUCGAAUUGGAGUAAAUUAUCUUUAAACGCUUCGUCUCCUAUCAUUAUUCACAGCAAACGCGUGUUGGAGCAAGUUCAUACAACGGACGAAGACGAGAGUGAUCCACUCGUCGGAACGAGUUCAAAUUCUGAUGCUGACGAUCUUCGUGAGCCAUUAGCGCUCGAUAAUACACCGCAACCUAUCGUUAUAGAGGAAAUUUCGGAUAUCGACGAAAGAGGAGAGCAAACGUUAUCGCUCCGCGAAGCAGAUACGAAUUUAGCGAGAGAAAUAAGUCCGUUUUCAUUCGAACGACACAAUGACUCUAAUAACGUUGAAGAUAAAAAUAAAGAAACACAUGGUACGCCAUCGUCGAUUUGUGAAACAACGAAUGGGCUUAUCGAAAGCGAUAAUUUGCUUCUAGAUGCAUGUAUCGACUCUACCAACCAUCAAGAUAUCGAUUAGAUCGUAGAAAACGCGGAAGAAGAAAGAAUACAGAUAUACCGUAUCGAGAGAAAAUCAUAUUGUUAACUCGAUUUCGUGAAAAUGAACAGUUUCGAUAUAAAAUACUUUGAAAAGCACGAUCGAUAUUGGAAUCACAAUGUUAAUCCAGAAGUUUCAGUUUCUCGUUAUUAAGGCGAUCCUUAAUCGAAACUGAAACAAUCAAAAGUAGACAAUUAGAUAUAAAUCAUUUAUACAGGUUCUUUUUCUGCACACAUUAGUGUACCUAUUUGCUACAAAAGAGAGAGAGAGAGAGAGAGAGAGAGGAGAAGAAA